UUUCCGGGUGUCACUGUGGUGUCUGACCCCGGCUGGAGCUGAGCACUAUUCUUAUCUCAGCACCAAAUCGUUGGCCUCCUUUCCGAAAAUUGCCAGGGUGUCCCCCCUCCUCAUGUGCCAUCCCUGAUGGGCAGCUGGUCUCGCAGUGCCGUGCUGGAGCUCUACAGGGCGUUGCUCCGUGCAGGGCGUCACCUUCAGUACACAGACCGCAAUUACUACCGACGGGCCGUGGCGCGCGAGUUCCGGCGCUGCCAGGCCCUGACGCUGCCCGAGGAGAAGGAGGACGCGCUGAAGAGGGGGCAGUUCUUCCUCAGCAGUCGACUAGGGGGGCUUAUGUAGGAGGAAGAGCUCAGCGGGCUGUCCGGUGGUGGGUUAAAGGUCGUCUGGAGGUGUAUGUCCCAGCUGAAGGAUGGCGGGGGUGAACGGAGACCGUAAAGGAAAGAAGGACGACAAUGGGAUCGGAACGGCCAUCGACUUCAUGCUCUCCAAUGCCAAGCUGGUGCUGGGAGUGGGAGGGGCGGCCAUGCUUGGCAUUGCAACCCUAGCUGUGAAAAGAAUGUACGAUCGUGCUGUAAGUGCUCCCACCAGCCCCACCAAGAUGGAGCAGACGGGGAAGAGGAGCUGGGAGGAGCCGGCCUGGAUGGGAUCGUCGCCGAGGGUGCUGAAUCACGACAUGAAGGCCACAGUGAGCCGCUCAAUGCAGAAUUUGCCCACUUCGACCCACGCUUUUGAACCAGACUGCCUCCGGAGGGCUGUAGGUCGGGCCGCCGUGGGAGCGAGCGGCGCCACGCAGUCAGACAUGCUGCGGGCCCGAAUGCGUCUUUCCCUGCAAGAACACCUGUGGGACUUUUACCAAAACAACGUGGACAUCCCCGCCGAGGAGCAGGCGGUGGCCAGGAGAGCGGCGCUGGACAUCUGCGCCGAGCUCAGAGUGUUUCUUCAUGCCAAACUGCCCGACAUGCCCCUCAGAGAGAUGUACCUCAGCGGGAGUCUGUACGACGACCUCCAGGUGGUGACAGCUGACCACGCCCAGCUGAUGGUGCCUCUCGUCCUGGAGAAGAACCUGUGGUCGUCCAUCCCGGGGGAAGACACCAUCAUGAACGUUCCGGGCUUCUUCCUCGUCCGCAGAGAGAACCUGGAAUAUUUCCCGCGGACCAGCAGCUACUGGGACCGCUGCAUGGUGGGAGGCUACCUCUCCCCGAAGUCCGUCCUGGAGGUGUUCGACAAGCUCGUCGCCGGCUCCAUCAACUGGCCGGCCAUCGGGAGCGUCCUGGACUACGUCAUCCGGCCCGUGGUCCCCUCGGAGACCCUCACCCUGGAGGUGCAGUACGAGACGGACAGGAAGCUGUACGUGGACUUCCUGCCUCUGCUGGUGAUGGAGGACGGCACCUCGCUGAUCGCCAAGCCGCACCGGCUCGCCGCCGAGCGCCACGAGAACCUGUGGCGGCAGAGCUUCCGCGUGGCCGAGACGGCCAAGCUGCGCGCUCUGGACCUGGAGGACGGGGGCUGCCGCUGCGCCUGCCUCAAGGUGGCCAAGGCCGUGUGCAAGCUCAACCCCGCCCUCCACCGGCUCAACAGCAGCCAGCUCACCAACGCCAUCUUGCUGCUGAGCGAGAAAGAAGGCGACUGGACCCAGGAGGCGCUGGCCGACCGCUUCCUCCAGCUGCUGCGGGCGCUAGUGGGACACCUAGAGGCCGGGAGGCUGCCGUGCGCCCUCAGUCCCAGAGUCAACCUGUUCUGCGAGCUCACCGAGCAGGAGGUGGACGAGCUGGGCUACACGCUCUACUGCGCCCUGUCAGACCCCGAGGGCCUGCUGAGAACUGCCGUGCCUCAGGCCUCCCACCUCUGACGUGUCGCGCGGUGCAGCAGCAUCGACUGUUUAAUGGUCCCGAUCGGGCUUUCCUCUAAUAGAUCGCAUCGUCUGCAUGAAACAGUCAUCUCCCAGUCGACACACACCGUCUCCGUUCUUCAUGCCUGAAGCGGGUACAGAAUCUGAAAGCUGUCUCUGUGGCGAUCACCCAGAUUUGACUUGAAUCUCAGUUGUUAAGUGGAAGUUUGUCCGAGCCAGCGGCUCUGCCUGAAGCCAGUGUAUUAAUGAAGUCAGGAAGUCGGAUUGAUUUGAAAUGUUUGGUGAGAUCCACACAUCGCGUGAAAUCUGCCACAUCUGAAUUCCUGGUGCAGCUCAGGGUUUCCAGCACAUGCGGUGCUGACUGUGAUGGGUCCAUGCCGCUGCAUCGAAGGCUCUACAAAGCUAAUCGUGUGUGUGUAUGCCAACCUAAGUGUUAAAACAUUUGCAAUCGGUGUGGAGGACUCAUCAUUUUUGAAUUACUAAGCUGACCUAAGUGUCUUUUCAUUCCCUCUAUUUUUUUCUUUUUUUAAACCUAAAAGUGCUUCACUUCUGUGAGAAAUCUUCAUUAAUACAGUGGCUGAGUGUAUGAUGUGUGUGUUACAUGUUUGCCAGGGGGAACUGAAAACAAAUGUGUGAUUUGGAAUGUCUGCAACUUGCAUGUGUUCGCUGCCUACUCUAGAAAACAAACCGAACGUUUCUGAUUUCAAGUCGGUCGACCUGAUGUGAAGUGGAACAUAUACUAUAACAUGCUAGCAUAACGUAUCGGGUGGGGUGGGGGGGGGGGGGGGGGGGAUGUUUGGUUUGAUGAAAUUCCAACCUUUAAACGACAGCGACAUUGUCGUGUCAAUAGAAAAUGUGUGACAUUUGAACUACAGAGCUGCUCUUUGUGUUCAGUUAGGAAACUCAUCCAUCUUCAUCCUCUGUUGUUACUUCAGUACACAGGUCCGACAAGCUCUCCUUUUUUUUAUUUCUCAAACCUGCCGUGUGACGGGAGCUUUGACAACCAGCCGAAUGUUAAGAGUUCAGCUGGUUCAAAGCCUCGGAGCAGCGAAAACACCAUCGUUUCCUGGUGUUCUGCUUUAAUUUCCUGCUUGGAUCCUCUUCUAGUUAAGUUGAUGCCUUUUAAAACGCCGUCACCACGGUUUUUGCACGUAUUUGCUCGAGUUGGACUCACAGGUCCACACACCCGACGGUACAGACACUCUGCAGAAGCUUUUUUUGUUGUAUCAUUCCCAGUAUUAGUAGCCGUGAGUUGCGGAGCCUCUUGAUUCUGUGUUUGCGGCUAUUUUAACCCCGAUUAACCGGCCGACGUGGCUCAGUCUAAGCAGCCAGACGUGGAUUAUCCUGAAUCGCACGGAGCUAAACGGCUGCGUGAUCCGUUCGCCACCAACAGGCAGCCUCUGCCCGUCACAUCUUCAGUGUUUAGUAAUAAAUUAGAGGUGCUUGUCACAGAUACACACAGAUCCUCACUUAUGUAACGGAUGUCAGAUUAUGCGUAGAGCUGUGCAGAUCUUCAGUAAAUCAAAAACCUGACCCUUCUCUGAGUCGGUGUGGAAAAUAGUCACAUGGUUACUUUUUUUUUUUUGUCACUUUUAGCCUUAGAAUAUCAAAAUGCAGUGAAAUGGAGCAACUAUCCUGUCAAUGCCCAGCCCACUGUGUGUAUAGUGUACAUAUUAGAGGGAUCAGGGUUGUGUAUAGUCGCGUUGUGCAUUCAAGUUAAAGAAAUCAUCCAAAUAACAGUGGUGAAAAAAAAAAAACAGGUGAAUAUUUUUGUAUUUAUUGUACAUUUGUAACCAAAAAAAGAAAAGAGCUGAU